CCGGCGGUUGCCAGUCAAGAGAGGGCGAGUCCCACCGGCGGCGGGGCUGCGCUCCCGUGAGGCGGGCGCUGCUGCCGGGCGUCGCGGCGGCUGGUGCGGCUGCGGGCGGAGCAGUGAUGCCGGCUGCGGGGAGGCGAGCGGCAGCGGCAGCCCGGCGCGGACCUGCGUGCGGCCAGGCAGGCGAGGGCGGCCGGUUUAUCAAUAUACAAUCUGCACUGGUUUAAUACGUGACACGGAAGCAAGCCAGCAGUGGAGAAUGGCAUUGGAUAUGAUGCAGCUGAGCAAGCAAGAGAAAUUAAGGACAAAAAGGCAGAAGAAUUUCUGAAAAAUCAGAUUGUGCACUUCAGAAUAACACCACAAAGGAUCAUCACUUUAAUCAGUUACUGAUUACAACUGGGGAAAUUUUCACAGACUCCACUUGAGGCUGCUUUUUAAAUGAAAAGCAUGAAUAGAUUUCUGGAACAAAAGAAAACUGGGCAGUAAGUUUGCCACAUUAAAGAGGAGCGGAAUGGAAGAUACAGCAAAGUGUAACAUGUAACAAUGAGCCUCCUGGAAAUCUCAGUGUCUCAUUCAAACUCGUACUAGCCACAGAAGCACAGUUCAGGAUGAUACCAAUGGGAGCUGUGUCUGCAAAAGGGCAACGAGACCAAAAACAUCUCUGAAUAAGAAACAGGCCAACUUUUGGAUAAUUACCUGACACUAGAGCUUUGAAGAGCAAAAUGAGCAAUGGUGUUCAUAUUAAAUGGUCAAGAGCACGAAAAUCUUGAGCUAUGCACAACCCAAGUCCUUCCCACAACUUGUUGUGAAGUUUGACUCCUAACAUGGUGCCAACAAAACAAGAAAACAGCAUUUUGCUCCUAUAACAUUUAUGGAUUCUACUUGGAUUCUGAUCUUUACAUGGAAGUAACAGAGAAUUCCAAGAAAUGGAAGCUGCUGCUAGUAAAAGAAGAAAAGCAGAGUAUCAUCAGGGUUAAUAGCACCUAUUUGAGAUCCAUGAAUGAUUACAGAGCUACUUUUCUAUAUCGAACUUUCAAGUUUCAUUAAUAAUAUGCUGCCUGUCUGGGACGUAGGUACAUUCUUGGUAAGAAGGCUAUUUAUUCAUUACACUGAAUAGAAGAGCUACAAGAACAAUGGCUUCAAAGGUUUCAUGCUUGUAUGUUUUGACAGUAGUUUGCUGGGCAAGUGCUCUUUGGUACUUAAGUAUAACUCGUCCUACUUCUUCCUACACUGGUCACAGACAGUUCAAUAGCAUAUCGAUAGCCAGAAAAAACGUCUCCUUUGGCAAUAUAAGAACUCGACCUAUUAAUCCACAUUCAUUUGACUUUCUUAUCAACGAACCCAAUAAAUGUGAGAAGAGUGUCCCUUUCUUGGUCAUUCUUAUCAGCACAACUCACAAAGAAUUUGAUGCAAGGCAAGCAAUUCGAGAAACGUGGGGAGAUGAGAACAACUUCAAAGGGAUUAAAAUUGCCACGCUAUUUCUUCUCGGAAAAAACGCAGAUCCUGUGCUAAAUCAAAUGGUAGAACAAGAAAGCCAAAUUUUUCAUGACAUUAUCGUGGAGGAUUUUAUUGACUCUUAUCAUAACCUAACUCUGAAAACUUUAAUGGGGAUGAGGUGGGUAGCAACAUUUUGUUCAAAAGCAAAGUAUGUUAUGAAGACAGACAGUGAUAUUUUUGUAAACAUGGAUAAUCUUAUUUACAAGCUGCUCAAACCCAACACCAAGCCAAGGAGAAGAUACUUUACCGGUUAUGUUAUAAAUGGAGGACCGAUAAGAGAUGUUCGCAGUAAAUGGUACAUGCCUAGAGAUUUGUAUCCUGAUAGCAAUUACCCGCCAUUCUGUUCAGGCACUGGCUACAUUUUUUCAGCUGAUGUAGCAGAACUAAUUUACAAAACCUCCCUUCACACCAGACUUCUUCAUCUUGAAGACGUGUAUGUAGGACUCUGUCUUCGGAAGCUUGGCAUUCACCCCUUCCAAAACAGUGGCUUCAAUCACUGGAAAAUGGCCUACAGCUUGUGUAGGUACCGCAGAGUGAUUACAGUGCACCAGAUAACGCCAGAAGAAAUGCACAGAAUUUGGAAUGAUAUGUCAAGCAAGAAACAUCUUAGAUGUUAAGAUUUUUACAGAUGUAAAUACCUUUUUUGCUUUUGCUUUAGUUUGUUUUUUUUUUGACAGAAAGUGAUCUGCUGAUUUACAGGUUAAACUGUGAGAUACUACCCGGGAGAGGGUUUUUAAUGACUGAUUUCUCAUUCUUCUUUUGACUACUGGUUUACAGACUUCAGGCUCUUUUCAUAAGAAUAUUACACCAGUCAAAAGAGUCUAGAGUCAAAGCUCAGAUUUUGUAUAUUAUCCCCUACCACACACAUCAGCUCCUGCAUCUGUAUGUAAAAAGGAUAGUAAUGAACUGUUAAGCAGCUCAGGAUAGUUUAUGUCCUAGCCUCUGAGAUAAGACUUAGGCCCUAAGAAAUGAAGAAUUAAAAAUAUACUGUUAUCUCUUUUUGACACCCUACAACCAUCCUCACUUAGAGCUUUAUUAAUAAUUUAAGUCAAACAAAUUUGCACUGAUCUCAUACACCUAUCCUGGCAUGCAUAAUUUAGAGUACAAUGUGUACAAUCUCAGAACAGCUUACUGAUGGCUCAACAGCAGAAUUUAGACAGGUACAUCAAAGUACCACAGGCCUCAGAAACAAGCCCGCACUGAAGUACAUUCAUAUCCCCAAAAUGGCAUUCCUGUGAAUUAUUUUGGAAAAUAUCCCAUUUCUUUCUACUGUCAGCCUAAAGUAGCACCUAAAGCAACCCAUAGAGCUUUAAAAUGAAAUAUAAUCUGUGGGUAAAAUACAAGACACAGGAGAUGCGUGAAACAUCUUAAAUAUACAUUAUAAAAGCAUUACUAUAUUUUAACUUUUAAUUUUAAAUUGCAACAUUUAUCAUUAGUACUGGUGUAUGUGGAUCUCUCCCUGCAAGUACUAGCAGUAUGUUGACACAUUAUGGAGACUCAUUUUUAGAAAAUUAAUAAUUUUAAUUAAAAUUAAUGGUCAUACACAGCAAUAUAUAAUAUUAUUGAAUAGUAAAAAUAUCAAUUAAUAAGCCUAUUUCUUCAACAUCAGUCAGCACACUAUUUACCUGAAAAAUACAACACACAACUUUUCUUAAGGAUAAGCUCUACUUUUUGCUACAGUGCAUAUGUAAACGAGAUUACUCCAGAUUCCAGAUUUUUAAUGGUGUAGAAGACCAGAAUUUUGUCCAGUAAAGGAACGCAAUCAAUUUUCUGUCGACUGGGCAACAUACAGACUCUAUGACAGUUAUGUACAAAUUUCACAGCAAAGUAGAGCUUUUAAGAAUCACCUGUAGCCUCUGUUACAAGUUUGCAGCUCCCAGGUUGCUCAUCACAGAGCCGAAAAGUCACUGAGCUCCAACUCAAGAAAGCAUCAAAACUCAAGAGAUCCCCAAAGCAUGUGAUAAAAAUCAAGUACACAAGAUUUUAUUCAAGUUUCAAAGUGUGCUUAUAUGUCUUGAAUACGAAAGAAAGUGUGAUGAAAAUUAUUUCCUGGAAAAUCCUUUGGUAAGUUCAAACCAUCUCUAUCCAGCACCAUCUUCUAACAAAGAACUGAAACACAAUAGCGUUCUGCAAAUAACUUGGAACGAAGAAUUCACAGACAAGUCACAGCGAUACAAAAUUCACCAAACACAUUACUUGCUGCAGAUUACUCACAACGUCCACAGCACACACACACAAGCCUCCUUCAUUUCAGCUGGAGUUAUGUGUAAAGUAUGAAAAGCUGGUAAGACUGUACAUCAUUCACGAUGUCUAUAGAGUUGUCAGAAUUUAAAGAAAACUCUGAACUGAUUCUGCUUUUUCUAUUAUUUGAUAUCAUGCCAUAGGUGUACAUAGCACUUUACAAAAGUAACAGAUGAAUCAAUAUGCUACCCCAAAAGGUUUACAGUUUCAUAACAAAUUGUUAGCCUUAUUCACAAAUGCAGCACUAUUGUUUUGAGAAGAACUACUUGUAAAUAAGGUAAAGAGUAUUUGGCCUUUAAGCCACAAACAGUAGAAGUCUUAAAGACCUAUUUCAGAUCUAAAGGUGAAGCUACACAGUAGCUAACCCAUGAGUUACUGCUAAUCAGCAGGAGCUUGUACAAAUAAAAAUCAGAAAUCUUGCAUAAAAGUACUGAAUCUCUCACAGUAUAAUUAAGAUUUAUCCUUCCCAGUUGACCUAGUCCUUGUUAAAGUUGCUCUUGCUUCCUGUCAAACUCAAACUCCAGCAAAACAAGGUCCAAUUAAUUGCACAUAUGAAUAUAUGUAUAUAAUGUAUAUUAUAAAUAUACAUAUAUACACACACACACACAUAUCAAUCAGGUGAAAUUCAGCUUUCCAUACCCAAGCCACAGUACACACAGUUUAUGAAGUGAAACUAGGGUGGAAUUCUUCCCCAGUCUAUGGUAAAUGAUGUAACACAGAGUCAGUCCUACCGUGGACAUGAUUUGUAGUAAUUUCAACCAAGAGGCUACAAUCACUUCUGCUAUCCCUCCACACUGUGCAGUAAUUUAGGGUUUCUGAAUCCACAACUGAAUGGAUUUGGUGGCCUUACUUCUCCCACUGACACUUCUGUGGCCUUUAGUUAGAAACUAAGAGGACAGUAGGGCUCCCAAUCCCAGUACCUUAGGGCUCGAAUGGUACGACAGCCUUGAAUUUCCCCUAGUUUGAACAGAUUGCAUUAAUGAGUAGAAGGUACAUCUUGAAAAUAAUAUCUGAAAAAUAUAUUUCCUGGCAUUUAUAAAUAGGUAGAUCGUCAACAGAAAUGUAAAUGUUCAUCUUGGAACUCAUGUAUAUAUUUCCAAGGCAUUUUCUUCUGUAUUCAGCUGUAUAUAUGUGUAGAGUCUGCUUGUUAUGUAGUAUUCUGUUAUGCAUGGAGCUGAGUUAGGCAUUAUAUUUGUCCAGUGUUUCAAGAGCCUUAAGCAUGUGUGCCCUAACUUUUGAAUGUACAAGACUUUUUUUUAAUGUCAGGUGAAUUAAAACAAAACAAAACAACACAACAACAAAAGCCUAAUUUUCUACUUCUAUUAACUUUCUGAUGCUAUACUAAACUAGCUUGUUACAACUAUAAAAUAGAUCUAUUAUUUUCCCUUUGCUCAAAAAAUUGCAGUAUUGCAACCUGGAGCUAGAAAGGGAGCAAUACAUCUCCUCAUAGGGACUGCUUAUAGUCCCUUUCACUCAGAAGUAUUUGUGUCACGCUGGGUACUGGUAAGUAACAACAGUGUUUGUAUUGGGCUUCCUUUAAUCAAAAGAAAUACUUGUGUUAUUUAAAGGUCAUUUUGUUUCAUUGUGCAUGGGGCAAAUGACUUGUUUAAGAUGUGCUGGCUUUUUCUCACUUCCAUCAAAAUGUGAAUACAAUUGAAUUUCAAAGUGUACAUGAACAAAGCACAUAGAACUGUGAAGCUACAGGGGGAAAAUCCCUCUCUUUUGGAGGAUUUUUUCACAAUAGCAUUUUUUGCUAAAUCCUUGGGAAUAUUUAAACAGAAGACUCAAGAAUCAUUUUCCAUCUUUCCUAAUAAUAAGGUUGAGUAUCAAUUUUGAUUCUUUAUGGGGAUUUUUUUGUCUUUAUAAUGUAGACGGCAAUGGCAAAUUGUAAAUGAAGAGUGUAAUUAACUAGAAAAACUUGUUGACAGUAACUGAACUUUAGGUGUAUCAUUAUAUGACUGGCUGUACUUAUGUAUUUAUUUGUCUAAAUUGUAUAUAUUGUUUUAUCUAUAGUGUCUGUAGAAGUGCUUUCUUUUAGAUUAAAGUAUUAUUUACAGUUUUGUGGGAUUGCCAGCAAAGCUGCUAAUCAAGAUACUAUUUUUUUGUAUCAAUGUUAAAUAAUAAAAAAAAGAAUGAAGUCAAAUGAAAAACUGAAGGUGUCAUGUACAGUUUUAUUCACCUCUCUAGAAAUGUAAAUGCUACCAUCUCAAAGCAUGAUAUCAAUGAAUAGGCUCAUUUGUCACAGGGAAGACUAUUGUUCUGUAAAAGCAGAUUUUUAAAAAAUCAUUGGCAAAAAUAAAGAAGAAAAUAUUGUAUUUAUUCA